AUGUCUGCCAACAAAGGCUGGUGGGUGCCACCUGAGGGUGAAGACAGCGUGUCUGAGAAAUUCCUGAGGAAGACCAGGGAGUCUCCGCUGGUGCCUAUAGGCUUGGGAGGCUGCCUGGUGGUGGCAGCAUACAGGAUUUACCGGCUCAAGGCUCGUGGUCCCACCAAGAUGUCCAUACAUCUGAUUCAUACCCGAGUGGCAGCCCAAGCCUGUGCUGUGGGUGCAAUCAUGCUGGGUGCUGUGUACACGAUGUACAGAGACUACACCAAGAGAACAGCACAGAAUGCUGGGGACAAGUAA